GAUACAUCCACACAGGCCCCAUGAUGCUGGAGAAGCUAUUGCUGUCUUACCCCGUGCUGGGGCUGCUACUGCUGACCCUGCUGGGGGCUGCUCUGCUGGCAGCUGCCCUGCUUUCCAGGCAGCGUGCUCCAGCACGGAACAAGAUCCCCAGGGCACAGAGGCGCAGGGAGGUGGCGCUGCAGCAGAUGGCAGCCCUGGCACAGCGUCUCCGGGAGCAGGAGCCAGGCCUGGACCCCAAGCCCAUCCUGGAGCUGCCCCUGGUGGAGCUGGCUCAGAAGUUGCAGGCGGAAGAGCUGAGUCUGGAGAGUGUCCUCUGUAGCUACUUGGAGGAGGCGCUAAAGGUGCACCAGGAGUUGAACUGCCUGACAGAUUUCCUGGGAGAAUGUGAGGAACAACUGCAGGCAUUGAAGAAGCUCAAGAAGAGUGACAGAGGCCUUCUCUAUGGGGUCCCCAUGAGUCUCAAGGACCCCUAUAAUUGCAUGGACCAUGACUCUACAUGUGGCCUGGCACAGUUCCUGGAGAAGCCAGCGGCCAAGGAUGGGGUCCUUGUGAAAGUGCUAAAGGCCCAGGGGGCUAUUCCCUUCGUUAAGACCAACAUUCCCCAGACACUGCUCAGCUUUGACUGCAGCAACCCCAUCUAUGGACAGACCCGGAACCCUUUUAACUUAAAGAAGACCCCUGGAGGGUCCUCAGGGGGUGAAGGAGCUCUGCUGAGUAAAGGGGGUUCCAUCCUGGGUAUGGGUACCGACACAGGGGGCAGCAUCCGCAUACCAUCCGGCUUUUGUGGUGUCUAUGGCCUGCGGACCUCAAGAGACCGCCUCAGCUACACAGGAAUUGCCUCUGCUGUGAAGGGCAAGAAAUCAGUGGCCACUGUGGCUGGCCCCAUGGCCCGGGAUGUGGACAGCCUGGCGUUGUGCAUGCGAGCCCUGCUGAGUGAAGAGAUGCACCGGCUGGACCCCACUGUGCCUUUCAUGCCCUUCAGAGAGGAGAUAUACUCCAGUACCCGGCCCCUUCGAAUUGGCUACUAUGAAUCAGAUGGCUUCUCUCAACCAUCUCCUAGCAUGGCCAGGUCUGUGAGGCUCACCUGCAGACUGCUCCAGGAUGCAGGACAUGAGGUCAUUCCCUUCUCCAUCCCCCGGAUAGAGUAUGCCAUAGAACAGCUCUACACAGGGGGUUUGUUUGCCGAUGGAGGGGCCACCCUUCUCGAGAAGCUUGAGGGAGACAUUGUGGACCCCUGCAUGAAGGCAUUAGUCACCCAGCUCCGCCUGCCAGACCUGCUGAAGUGUAUCUUGGCCAGGAUCCUGAAGUACAUAGAGCCCCGAACUGCCCAGAGUUUGGAAAUGAUUCGUGGAGUGAAGACACCCAAGAAACUGUGGGAGCAGCACACAGCAGUGCAGGAAUAUCAGCAAGAGUUCAUAGACAAGUGGAGGUCCUUGGACCUGGAUGUGCUGCUGGCGCCAGAUCUGGACCCUGCCUUCUAUAUAGGCUAUCCCGCCAAAGCAUCAGAGAGCAGCUCUUACAACAGCCUGUACAAUGUGUUGGACUUCCCUGUUGGCGUGGUGCCCGUCACCACCGUAACACUACAGGACGAGGAGGAGCUGGCCUUCUACAAGGGAUACUACGGAGAUAGUAAUGACAGAAACUUCAAGAAGGCGGUGGAAGGAUCCGUGGGGCUCCCAGUGGCUGUGCAGUGCAUCGCUUUGCCAUGGGAAGAGGAACUCUGUCUUCGGUUCAUGAAGGAGGUGGAGACCUUGACCAAGAACCAGAGGAAACCCAAAUGACAAGCCAUUUCUUCUGGAGACCUUCCUACAUCCUUAUCCAAGUCUGCUCCCGAUGCCCCUUCCUUCUCAUGAAUACCAUAUCCACCUCCUAUCUCCUCCGGGAAGCCCACCAUAUUCCUUUUCCUUGUAGUUUUUUCUGUCCUCGUAGGUGCUUCAUCCGUGGACUCAGAGCCACUCAAGAUGGAAAUCAGGGUGAAGGGCUUAAUAAACAUUUCUUACUGGC